AUGGGUACUUUUCACUGGGCACCGCAGACGUGGGAGUUUAUUCCGUUUAAUCAUGGCCCACGAAUUUGCCUUGGUCGUGUGUUUGGGUAUUUCCAGAUGGAGUAUACGCUAUGCCGCAUCUUCCAGCAUUUUGAGCGUGUCGAGCUCCACGAACCACGCGUGCAAAGGAUCAAGGUGGAAUUGAAUACAAAAAUGGCCUAUCCCGUAAACUGUAGAAACAACGAAGAAGCGUGUUGGCUAAUCAUUGGCUGCUCCCCUGCAUGUGCCCUAUAUAUUGAUCCCACCAGAAUCCUCGGCUUCCCAACAAAUGGAAGCCUCCCCUCUUUCCAUCUCCUUCUGAGUUCUCUAAACGCCAAACCAUUUCCCACGCUCGUUGAUAUGGAGGCAUCCAAGCCCCUGGGGGCGUUUUCUCGCUUGAACAGCCAGAUCUACCAAAGCAAGCUUCCAGAGGCCGACAUUCUGCUCAUUCAGCCCGUCGUCGGCGACAUGGUUUGGACCCCGGAAUACGCACAGCUCCAGCACCUUGGACCAGCAGUGACCGCAAUCGACGCAUUCUCAGAUACCAGAAGUGACCAGAGCCAUCGUCUGGUAGUCCACGCUUUCUCCAACGCUGGCAGCCACGCUGCAGUGCAGCUGGCGGAAGCAUAUACUGCCGUGCACCCAUCCGCAAGCUUGCCAGUAACGGGGUUGAUUUUGGACAGCUGUCCCGGCGCGCCAUCAGCGAUACUCUCCGCAAACGCAAUGAUCCUGGCACUUCCCAAAUCUCCUCUGGUAAGGCUGCUCGGUGCUGUUUUAAUUUACUCUGUUGUUGCGACUGUGGCGCUACUCGACUUUCUGCGACUCUACCAAAAUGUUAUAUCGAAAACGCGGCAUGUUCUGAACAGCCCGUCAGGGUGCUUUUUGCGGCACGGUGUGGGACGGACGUAUCUGUAUUCUCGGACAGAUGCCAUGGUUCCGUGGACGGAUAUCCUAGAUCACGCAGGGGAGGCGCGGAAACUGGCUGAGAGCGGCGAUGAUCUGGUUCAGACUGUUGAAUUUACUGGCAGUGGACACGUCGGGCAUCUUGCUGUUGCUGGGGAGGAAUACACUAAAGCAGUAUUGUCGGUAGCGACCAGCAGGGAGUAG